GUGGAAGAGGAGGACGAAGAGGACGAGGAGGAUGUGGAGGAUGAAACUGGAGAGGGCAAAGGCGAAACUCUCGAUGUAGGGCCACAGAGGCGCAAGGGGGCACCCGGGCGGCCGCGCAAGUACGCCAACGACGAGGAACGAAAAGAGGCUAAGCGGCUGCAAGCGCAGUCGUACCGCGUCCUACAGCGACACAAUCAGGAGCAGACGGCCAAAUACCUCAAAGACCACCGGAAAGUGGAAGCGAAGUGCGAGAAGCUCACAGCUGAGAAUGCGAUGCUGCGGGAAGAGCUGGAACGGCUUAGGGAAGAGAAUGCCAAACUGAGAGCGAACAAGUUGACGCGAGAGCUGAGCAGGGUGACGCGCUCGGCAAAGCAAAGACCUCAACAGCAACAGCAGCAGCGUGGCGGCCGCGAAAGCUCCAUUCUCAGUAUCGCCUCGCGCGGAUCGUCUGAGAGCGCCAUGUCGACCCCAAGAGAAGACAAGGAAGAGGAAACCGCAGAAGAGUCUGACUCGGGGUCAAGCUCAAGCUCAAGCUUUAUCUCGGAAUCAGAUUCUGUCGCUGAUGAUGAUGACCUGGGCGCGGAUGCAAGCUCAAUUGGGGCCCUGGCCGAGCGCCACAUAGGUCCGGCUAAGCCGUUGUUGCCGACUCAAAAGCGACGCAAGAUUGCGAAGGGGAGCGCGUAG